GUAUUCAUUUUUUAACCAAGUAACCCAUUAAACUAUUUACUCAGCUCAGGCAGAUUGUAUAAAAAUGAUUACAGUUACAUUUCAAUAAAAUAGGCAGAAGCAUAUUGUAUUAAUAGUUGUAUUUAGUAAAAUGUCAAAACCACAAAAUGAUGACAUUGCGGUUAUCCGCGAAGCUAUUCACAUGGCUCAGUUAGAUUUCUCCUCGCUGCGAAUUACACUAAUUGAAAAUGUGAUGAGAGCCAUGAUGGAUGCGUAUGAGCGCGUGAAGAUCUCCUUGAUUUUGCCGAAACUAAUUGAAAAUCGUGGUACUUUGGUUAAGGUGGUGACUGGUACGCGAUACGUGGCAGCCAUUCCGCUGUUGGACGACUUUUUCCGCAGACGUGACAUUAUAUUAAGGGAACAGCGACCGCCGUUGGAAGAUCAUGGCAUGAUUCGAAUUAUUGAUUACUUUCAGCGCAACAGUUCGAUGUACCAGUUGUUUCCAAGAUAUAUGCAUUACAUGCCCCAAGAGGACCGAAAGUUUCUCAACACCUUUGCCAAGCUGCUGGAAAUGGCCAGGGCUCAUUUGGAGCGCGAUGCGAAGACGCAGAUUCAGCAAGAGCGCUAUCUACAGAGUGUGUGCAAGGAUAAGGAGAAACUGAUGGGCGAUAUGCAAAUUAUUGAGAGCAAAAAGGCAGCAUACAAAGUUAUGCAACAGUGGAAAUCGGCCAGCAAGGCGGCUAAGAUGGCUAAAAUCGAGGAAGAUAUGAGGAUUAAGGUAAAACGUCAUGAGGAGAUUAUUCAACGUGAAGCGGAUCGAUGCCGUCGCAUUGUGCUCGCUAAUGAAAAAGAAAGUAAGGAAAAACAAGUUGAACUGGUUGAAGAGGUGGAGAAAGAAAGAUUCAUCAACGAAAAAUUAACAAAAGAUUACAAAAAAUUGGAAAAGGAAGCGCGUGACGAAAAGAACAAGUUGCAAAUACAGCUGGAAGGCAUUAUUAAGAAAUACGAUACUGUAAUCGGAGAGAAAAUAGUUGAAAAUCUGGAGCUGAUGGAUCAACUGAAUGAGGCAAAGAAAGCGCUAGACGAUUUUAUGGUCAUCUAUCGCAUGGAGGCUGCCAUCUACAAUGAGAUUGUGGUCAAGCGCGAGAAGGAGGAAGAACGUAGAAAACAAGCUGCCAUAUUAAAAUACAUGAUGCAUCGAGCCGCUGUUAAGAUUCAGCAAUACUGGCGAGCGUGGCGUAGGCACAUGGCAAAGAAAGCCAGGAAAGAAAACAAACGGGCGAAGAAGAAAUAGAUAAUAGUUUUAUAAAAGAACGAAAAUUUCCUAAACUAGACAAAAUUGUAGAAAUAUUAAAAUUCAUUUGAGCUGAAUUGUA